AUGCCUACCACCAGUGAUGUGUACGAAUUCUGGGGCUGUGCGGACGUUCGCGUCUACCGUGUCUUCUUCUGGCUAGACAGCAUUAAAAGGCGACCCGAGGUAGAAGCUGCGAAGAAGAACGCUCUGGUCAAGAUUAGUAUCACCCAUGAGGGAGACAGCUCGUACUACGACCGCACGGACCGGGUCCAUACCUUUGCACAUGACCCUAUCUGCCCUGGCUGGUCAUACCGAUUGCUAUCGACGCCAUACCAGGGCCAGAAUUUCGAAGUCGUGGAAUCCGGCGACAUUGUCAGUGAUCGAGGUGUGACAAUGGCGUAUGCCGCACCGAGCCCUUUUGCGAGCUGGACGAUCUCAUUGCACCAUUUGGAUUAUGACAAGUUGGACCUGUCCGGUAUAACAGGGGGGCGCUUCGAAUUUUUCGGAACAAGCCGGGCCUUCGGAGUGUAGGCAUGCAGAGAUUUAUCUUGGGCUAUGCUCGUACACAGCAAGCAUGGCACCGAUAGCCGUGGUGCUAAAUCUGGAAUGUGUAUGAAACCAGACCUAGAG